AUGGCCUCACCACAUGGACACCAAACACAGACACAACAGUCGACAAAUGAAACCGAUCAAAUUUUUUUGAUCACGCUAACAAAUCAUCCUACUCUAUUGCAAAAUACACUACAUUUUCAACAAGCACCAGAUGUGCAAUAUAUUGAACAACGUAACGGUGGCAUGUUCAUGUCAGAUAGACCGGUUAAUAUUGGAAUGGAUCAUUCUGAACAACAUGAAAGAUUCUUAUAUAAUGAAUUAAGAUUUGAAUUGGAAGAUUCAAUUCGAGUUUAUCUUCAACGAACUCGACGAUCCUUUCCAAUUAACAGUGAUAUAGAAGAGAUUGAUGUUAGUGAUUUACCUAAUAUAGAUCGACUAGAAACACAACAUCAUGUCGAUCAUAAUAACAAUAAUAAUAAUAAUGACGAUGAUGAUGAUGAUGAUGAUGAUGAUUAG